CGGGCUUGGACGUCCUUCCUCUCCGGGCCGCGGCUUCCUCGGAGUGCCGCGCUCGGUGAUCGUGUCCCCGCACACUUGUUUGCACAGCGCCUUGGUUCCAACAGCAACGCUGUAAAAUGCGCGCUGCUUUACCUGCGGGGAAGCGGUCCUGGAGCGAGUCCACGGGCUGCCCGGCUCGGGGGCAGACGAUUCUAAACUGGGUUUUCUGAGACCGCGCUGCGGCUCCAGCGGGGGAUCAAAUUACAUAGCGCCAGAGAUGAGCCCGAGCGAGUGUCCUUACCGUGUCUUUAAAGGAGAACUGAUGAGAUUCAGUUGGUGCAUAGCUUUUGUAAAAGAAAGCGGGACUAGGCUUGACACCCCUAGGAAUGGCAGCCCCAUCUAUGAAGGAAAGGCAGGUUUGCUGGGGAGCCCGGGAUGAGUACUGGAAGUGUUUAGAUGAGAACACAGAGGAUGCUUCUCAAUGUAAGAAGUUAAGAAGAUCAUUUGAAUCAAGCUGUCCCCAACAGUGGAUAAAAUAUUUUGAUAAAAGAAGAGACUACUUAAAAUUCAAAGAAGAAUUUGAAGCAGGAAAAUUCCAGCCUUCAAAAACAACUGCAAAAUCCUAGGCUGUUCCUGAACUUUUCAAAAUGGUUGAAACUAUUUUCUGGACAUUGAAAAGGCUGCACAGUCAGUAGAGCCAUGAAUCAUGGUAAACUUCAGUGCUUGUUUCCCGAAUACAACACUUAGUAAGAAAAAUGAUCAAGGAACAGAAGAUUCAUGAAGAAUUGAAAUAAAAUGGUAUUAAAUAUG